AUGUCUGUUUCGUCUUUGCGUUCAAAAUGGAUGCUUAUUCUACUCGCAAAUGUUAUCAUAAUCGGCGGAAUGUCUUGCUAUUGGUACGGCGGAUUGUCUGCAGCUUCAGAAUAUCUCCCUCAAUUUUCAGAUAAAUCUCAAGAUGAUAAUCAAUCUUCUCAUACGGUAACAGUGACGGUUGAAGCUAAUCCCACACCUACUAGCACCGACUCGACUUUAACAAAACAUUGUGACCCUUACAAAGAAUUAGGGUACUUUGACAUUACAGAUAAAAUUUACUCCAACAUGACAUACGUCUCCCUUAACCCAUCAUGCCAGCCUAUAGCAUCAAAUAUAGUCAACCGUAUCAAAGAAAAAGAAUCCAUUCCUGAACUUGUAAAUAAAACCAUGAUUUUUAUUGGAGACUCUGUCGACCGCUACAACAUUGAUCGCCUAUGCAUAACCACCAAUUCAAACCAUUCUUACACAUAUCAAGAUGAUCAUAACCAUUUAUGGACUAACACUUCUAAUAUACCCACUUGCUUUCCACGAGUGUGUCGCAAUGAAUUUUACAAUUUCACAGUAGUCAACUAUUUCACUUACGGAUUUGAUACACAGGAAACCUGGAAAAUCAAAAAUAGACCUCUCAGAGAGCCCUUGAUGUGGCGCGACCGAAUUUCUGUUUCACUUGAUGCUUACGAGACUCUCAACCGAGGUGCCCCCCAUGUUGUAUUUAUUGGUAUUUCAUUAUGGGAGCUUGCUCGUCUUGAUAUUUUGUCGCAGCAGGCAAAAGAUAUUGAAGUGAUUGGAUUUAACCAGACUCAGUUAGCUGGAUAUCAUGAUAAUCUUGUGGAGCUAAUAACAACUUUGCGUCAAAGAAUGCCCAAAACUCGCUUUAUUUACCGCCAGUCUCAUUUCCCCAGAACAGGUAAAAACUUUUUUGAUGGGGAUACAACACCACGAUUAUAUCGUUUUGAUGCACAAAGAGUUAGCCAGUUCAAUUUAGCUGCGUUUGGAGCAAUGGAAACUGUAGGAGCCGAUUACUGGCCCAUUGGUGAGCUGACUCAGAACCUGCCCAAAGACAUGAUUUUAGAAGAUGCUGUUCAUCCUAAUGGAAGAGCGUUAGAUACAAUUUGGGUACCAGGGGUUUUUGAGUAUUUGAUGCGAACAACCCUUGAUUACCAACUACUGUAA